GCUUUCCCUCCCUCCCUCCCUCCCUCUUGCCUGUGAAAGAUAUGGGAACAUCCUUGAGUUAGGAGGCACGUUCAUACAUAGAUGACUGUCUACUGAUGCAUCAGCUGAGAGUUUAUUGCAAAUCUCAAGUGGAACUACAAGUAGGAUCAGAAAUAACCACCGACCACAGAGGUGGAUGCACUGAAGCCUCAGGAUAAAGGGUAGCAAAGGCCCAUCUGAGCAGGGAGUAUACCAUCAAAACAGAAACCCAGAGAGGAAGGACACAACAACAUGCAGACAAAACAAAACAAAAGGAUGGUCUUUCCAUUCCAGAUACACAAAUCUAUUUUUCUCAUCCUACUAUUCAAUGUCCCACUUCCCAGCACAUGUCAGACCACACUGAAUGCUGGCACCCUCAACCAAACCAUCCAUCCCAGUGCUGCCACUAGCUCUAAUGCUAUCCCCAAUACCAACACACACAAUCCCACUGUAAAAUCCACUAUCAACCUAGGCACCAUUUCAUUCCUCCAACGCAACUCUUCCUCAAACUCCACUUCCCAGGAUGCAAUCCUGGGGUGUGGGGCGGAUCUGGACCCCGUGUACUCCUACCUGUGUGACCGUCAGGCGGCGUGGGGUAUCGUAGUGGAGAGCCUGGCCUCACUGGGUUUUGUGGUCAGUUCAGGGCUGCUGGUGGGGCUGCUGUUCUGGACCCUGUGGAUGUGUGUGUCGUCCCGCCAGCGCAGGGCAUCGGGGGGAGCGUAGCUCCAUGGCUCUGUUCCUGCUCAGCACGGCGGGGGUCUUCGCCCUGACCUUUGCCUUCGUCAUCCGCCUCACCACCCAGACAUGCCCCACACGCCUCUUCCUGUUCGGGGUGCUGUUCUCCAUGGCUUUCUCCUGCCUGCUGGCUCGCUGCCUGGCCCUACUGGGUUUCUCUGUAGCCCGGGGCUGGGGGGAGGCUGGGGUGGCUCUGGCCCUCUUCCACCCUCCAGGUGGUCAUCGCUACAGAGUGGCUGAUCAUCGUGCUGCUGCGGGACGGCCAGCCCUGCCAGUACUCCCAGGGGGAGUUUGUCAUGUUGCUCAUCUACGUGCUGGUUCUGCUGCCGCCGGCCUGGUCCUCUCCCUGUGCUGCCUCUGCCGCUCCUGUCUCACCUACAGCUACAGCGGGGGCAGCCACCGACAGAGCCAGGUCCAGGCCACGCUGCUCUGCCUCACCCUGCUGCUGUCUGCUGCCAUCUGGGUGGUGUGGAUCGCCCUGCUGACCCGGGGUAACAUGGAGAUGGGCCGGCGGCCGCAGUGGGAUGACCCGGUGCUGAGUAUAGCCUUGGUGGCCAACGGCUGGGUCCUGCUGCUGGGCCACGGACUAGCCCAAGUGGUUCUCCUCUGCAGGUGGGAGGCCAGCUCCAAGGAGGGCCCCCUAGACUUUGGUGGAUGGACCAGUCCCAACGCCAACCUGCCAGGGCUGGGGAGCCUGAAAGAAGGGAGGGAGAACAGAAGCUUUGAGAAUGACGGCAGAAAACAAGACCCAAUUUUCCAAUCACCAUAUGAGUCUGGAUUCUCAAUGACAGAAAUAGAUCCUGACAAAGAUUACUCCAUCCCUCGUCCUCAGACCACCAACAUCAGCGAGCCCUAUGAUGUAUACUAUGGACACAGCCUGUCUGAUUAAGAUCACAUUGCUUUUCAUGUACACACACCCACACACAAAGACAAAACAG